AUGCUUGUCACAAGGACAGAGAUUUUUUUCUGCCGUCAGAUGUCUUUCUGCUUGACUGAACUGCACCUGUGGUCUUUGAAGAAUACCUUACACAUUGGGGAUAGAGACAUUGGGAUCUAUCAGUAUUAUGACAAGAGAGAUCCACCCGCGACAGACCACGGUAACUUAGAAGAAAAGCAGAAGCUGGCAGAAUCACGAGAUUAUCCAUGGACUCUCAAAAACAGACGCCCAGAAAAACUUCGAGACUCACUCAAGGAGUUGGAGGAGCUGAUGCAAAACAGUCAGUGUGUGCUGAGCAAAUGGAAGAACAAAUAUGUCUGUCAGCUCCUCUUUGGUUCAGGUGUGCUGGUGUCCCUAAGCCUUUCUGGGCCGCAGCUGGAGAAAGUGGUGAUUGACAGAAGCCUGGUGGGGAAGCUCAUCUCAGACACCAUCAGUGAUGCUCUUCUCACAGACAGCUUUAUCAUCUUAUCAUUUUUGGCACAAAACAAACUAUGUUUUAUUCAAUUUACCAAGAAGAUGGGUUCUCCUGAUGUAUAUACAAGAGUGGAAAAACUCUCAGCCUUGGAUUAUAAGAUUUCCUAUUAUGAAAUACCUGGCCCAGUAAAUAGGACAACCGAGCGUCGCCUAGCUAUCAAUUGUGUUCAGGAUAUAGUUGUUUGCUGGUGGCCACUGGUCAGUGAUGAUGCUUGGCCCUGGGCCCCCCUUUCUUCUGAGAAGGACAGAGCUAAUCUGCUGCUCCUGGGUUAUGCUCAAGGAAGACUGGAGGUUCUAAGUUCUGUCCGCACAGAAUGUGAUCCGCUGGAUGUUUGCUUUGGCGCCAAACAGCCUUAUCAGGUGUUGACAGUGGAGCGCUCCAUCAGUGUAGACAAAGAGCCCAUGGCUGACAGCUGCAUCUAUGAAUGUGUUCGGAACAAAAUCCAGUGUGUAUCAGUCACCAGAAUACCACUAAGAUCUAAGGCCAUUAGCUGCUGCAGGAAUGUUACUGAAGACAAACUGAUUCUGGGCUGUGAAGAUUCUUCAGUAAUUCUUUAUGAAACUCACCGUAGAGUGACUCUCUUAGCCCAGGCUGAACUUUUGCCUUCAUUAAUAUGCUGCCACCCAAGUGGCGCCAUUCUGCUAGUUGGCAGCAACCAAGGGGAGCUGCAAAUUUUUGAUAUGGCUCUAUCACCUAUUAACAUUCAGCUCUUGGCUGAAGACCGCUCACCCAGGGAGGCUCUGCAAUUCAAUAAAUUCUUUGAUGUUUCCAGCGGUCUUGUUCAAAUGCAGUGGACGGCUCCUCAGGUCGUUUCUCAGAAGCCUGAAAGUGGGGACAUCUAUGAUCUCCUCUUCCUCAGGUUUGACAGAGGACCUUUGGGUGUACUUCUCUUUAAACUUGGUGUCUUCACACGAGGACAGCUAGGCCUGGUAGACAUCAUCUUCCAGUACAUUCACUGUGAUAAGAUCUGUGAGGCAAUAAACAUCCUGAGCAGUAUGAACUGGGACACCCUGGGACACCAGUGCUUUAUCAGCAUGAGUGCCAUUGUAAACCAUCUUCUCAGACAAAAGCUCACUCCAGAGAGAGAAGCACAGCUUGAGGCAAGCCUUGGAACCUUCUACGCUCCAACAAGACCACUCCUGGAUACAACUAUAUUGGAAUAUAGAGACCAAAUCAGCAAAUAUGCAAGAAGAUUCUUCCACCACUUGCUCAGGUACCAGAGAUUUGAAAAGGCAUUUCUGUUAGCUGUUGACAUUGGUGCUCGUGACCUGUUUAUGGACAUCUAUUACCUUGCACUAGAUAAGGGUGAACUGGCACUAGCUGAAGUGGCAAGAAAAAGAGCUAGCGACAUUGAUGCAGAAUCAAUAACCUCUGAAGUUGCCAAAGGGAGCAGCUGUCAGCUUCUCUCUAACAUCACCCACCAGAGAUCCCAAUCUUCAAGGUGGUACUGAAGAAAACUCAAAGCCAUACCACCAGGAUAGCUCUCAACCUGAAUACCAAAGCUGACAAUUACUUACCAGAAAGAUAAUUCUGUUCUCCUUCCCCAACCCUGAAAGAAUUCCAAAUUGAUCAAACCCAAAAGAUGCACAGACCACUUUCAAAUCUCCAUUCCUAAUGGAAAAGGAAUACUCGCUGUUAAUACGAUACUACAUAAGAAUAACUUCAGUUGACUUACUAUAUCUUGUUACUUGCUAAGGAUAAUGAUGAGCCUCCUAAGAGCAAUAAUAGCUAAUAUUUAUUGAAUGCUUACUGUGGGCCAGAUAUUAUUCUAAGUUACAGAUGUUAACUAAUUUAAUCAUCACCACAACUCUGUGAGGUAAGUACAAUUUAUAUUUAUUAUGAGAAGUUACUUUUAACUAAAUGAUGAAACCAUACCAUCUUAGUAGGAAUUAUGAUGUUAUAUGAUGGGGAUACAAAUAUUCUCCAUCCUUAUUCCUCUAGCCAUUUAGGAAAACACAGAAGGAGGUUAAUUAAUAGCAAAUUUUAUGAGAAUUUUCCUUAGUUUUCAUGUACUCGGCCUUUUCCAUGAGGAUAUCAGAUAUAAUAGAGGCCAUCUUUGCAUUUUAAAGCUAUUUAAAGUUACUAAGGGUGAAAAGGAAUGUGAAGAGAUUACCAUGAAAUUUCAGAAAAAUGAAGAAACUCCCCUAUUCACCAAAAUGUGUCCUGUGCCCUGUGGAUUCUUUGAUCAGGUUACUGAGGCCAACUGAUAAUUCCUAGCCAGACAGCUUGGUGUUCCCCCCUUGGAGCGCUGCCUCAUUUCUAGCAAAUAUCUUUUCUUCACUGAAACUGUGUUACUCCCCAUUUUUCAGCCUUUUUUUCAGGCCUUAUGCUUUGACUUCAAUUACUAUCCCUUGACAAAGACACCAUUCAAUAACAACAGGAACUAUCAAGAGGUGAACAUCUUAGAUGAAGUUCUACUCCACUUUUGUUCCAGAAAACUCAGGUGACUCCCACCCACAAUUCCAAAUGGAAUUAGGAAAGAGUCUGUUUCCUCAUCAUAGACUCUGCCUAGUUCUUCCUUAGAGCCCACAUCAUGCUGGGGAAAGCUAAUUUUUUCUCAGAUUCCCUCAAUUUAAUUCAACUGUUCUCUCAAACUUUUCCCAAAGCAGAAAGUAAUUAAGUUUUUGGCUUUCAAAGGGGUUCUUUGAUGUAAGCAAGAGGGCAAAUUAUGUAAGGUAUCAAAAGAGUAUUUUUAAGUAGUAGCAGUUCCAUUUACAUGGGAGAGUCUGUAAAAAAGCAUCACACAUAGUAGCUGUCAACAUAGUUAAAAGCAAGAGUUGCCAAAGGAGAAGUUGAAUAAUGAUAAUCUGGACAAUUUAGU